UAUCAUAAAUGUGAGGGAUUUUCUCUCCAAAUCCGUCUCCUGUUCGCUAAAUCUCACUUCUCUACAACGAGCCUGCGCAAUGGAACAAAUUCGGAAUAUUGAGAUGUGACAUUGCCCGCAUCUCAUCCUCUUUCUCGCUUUUUAAUGACUUCAAACAAGUUCGUUUUUGCUAGGCUUUUGCAGGAGACCCAUGGGGAUGUCUAGCGGUCAUUUCUUCCAGGGGCAUUGGUGUGAUGUCUUUAAGUGUACCAUGCGUUGUCUCUCGUGCACCCACGCCCUCUCGCUGGUGCUGUGCGUCCUCGCGUUGACUCCCGCGACACUGGAGGCGGGGCCAGAGACGCUGUGCGGGGCGGAGCUAGUUGACACGCUGCAGUUUGUGUGUGGAGACAGGGGCUUUUAUUUCAGCAAACCGACGGGGUAUGGGCCUAGUUCGAGAAGGACACACAACCGUGGCAUCGUGGACGAAUGCUGCUUUCAGAGCUGUGAACUGCGACGGCUUGAGAUGUACUGUGCACCUGUGAAGUCUGGCAAAGCUCCACGAUCUCUGCGAGCACAACGGCACACAGAUAUCCCAAAGACACCAAAGAAACCUAUAACUGGACAUAGCCACUCAUCCUGUAAGGAGGUUCAUCAGAAGAAUUCAAGUCGAGGAAACACAGGGGGCAGAAACUAUCGUAUGUAGAGGACAGCAGAGGGACUGGUUAAGAAGGAUAAGUGAAAUUACUGGACAGCAGAAAACAGGGGAAGAGAGAAAGGGUGUGGACUUACUUGGUCCUCCAUGGAUGUGCUCCACUGUAAAAAAAAUCGAAUUAACAACAAGAUACUGGACGAAUAACCCCAAUGUAAGAAAAACAAACUUGCAACUAAAGAGAAAAUCUGAUGAUUUUAUAGACUGCACCAUUCAGUUCCAAACUGGGGGGAAAAGAUCUAAUGGAAAAACAAACUAAAUUAGCUGCUAUAUAAAUCCAAAUGAUAACUGUUCUUUUACAUCCUUGUGUGAACUGUGGAACCCAGUGGAUGCUGAUGCUUCUUAUAGUGCCAUUGCCAAAAUAUUUACCCCUCUCAAUUGUCCAAUUGUCAAUAUUCCACUAAAUUUGAAUGGCAGGAUAGCAACUGGAAAAGAGGUAAUAGGUGACUAGAGCACAGGUAAAGGCCUUCUCUAAAACAAGUACCCACAUCAAAGCAUUGAAUCACUCAUACAGAGAAUUAUGAAAAAGUCAGAAUCUAGUGCAAGAAGGUUUCAAUAGUAUUUUUAUCACACUUAUCAAGCUAAUUUGAUCUCAGACUUGUUAGAUGUCUUAUAUGGUCAUGUGAUACAAGCUCCACAGCUGAGAAAGGAGUUUGCAGCCAGAUCGUGUUCGACAGAUCACGUUGACAAGAAAGGCUGUCUAGACAGUUUAUACCAGAUGGAAGUCUUGCAAAACAGAUGCACAGAGAGAUGAUUGUUUCAUAGAAACAAUUAUAUUCUUAUUUGAUGUAAUGUGCAAGACCAGAUCAAGGGAGAUUAUACAAACGCCUUAUGCAGAGGUGCUCCAAAGAGGCUGAGAGCCACUACAUGGCAAUUUAGGAUUGAUUGAAAAUGGCCUACACCUUAUUUUUGUGUGUUUGAUAGCCUGGGGAGGAUUUUUUUUGUGCUUUUUUAAUCAUUUUAAAUGAAUGGUUUUCCUUCAUUAAAGAUGAAAAGGGAGGUGAAAGCCAUUCAAAUGAACAGUUAUCCACAUGCAUAUACACCAGUGUAUCAGUACGCACAGGAAGGACAGAGGGAAGACUAAAUCAACCACAAAAACUGCUACUAAUCAUAACGUAUACACACAAAGAAUAACAUACAAUAAGUAAAGCUUAUGACACUCAUCUGAAACCUAACAUGACAAAUGGGAUACCCUACGGUGUUGUGGACUUCACGGCUUUGCGCAAAAAACACUAUGAGGCUUUAAGUCAACAUGAAGUGCACCAUUUGCAACAGUGCCUGAGUCGCAAAUGGUUAUCAUACAGGAAGAUGCAUCUUUUUGGCAAAAGACUGGUCAGAUGAGGUGGAGUGAUACUCCCCAGCUUCAUUAAACCCCAAUCCAAGCCACUGCCACAGGGGUUGUGGAGUGUGACCUGGCUGUUUGCACAUUUCCUCUGCAUGGAUACCCCACUCUCUGACCCCAACGGAUCACGUCAACCCACACUGUCUACUCUGUAACUCUAUACUCUACCUAUAUUAACCUUUGCAUCCUCUAACCAUAAUCAUAUGUGAUGGCAUCAUAUAGCUGAACCAUAUAAAAGAUCAACCCACUGUAUAAUGGUGCUAUUUUGUAGUUUGUUACUUGCAGGGGUUGGCUGACAUCAAAGAUGGCUUAAUGUUGGAAGUCUUCCCUUUUGCACAGCCUUGUGGCCACCAUUGUAAUAAUAUUCUCUUUUUAUUUUUAAGCUAUUUCAAAAAAGGUAACUCGAGUCAACGAGUAAAAGUAUUUUUGAGAGCACUGUUAAAGCAUGGAAUAAGGAAAGAACUAAUUAUAUUGCGAACCCCUGCUGGUUAAUUGCUCUUUUGUUUUCUUUAAUGUUUCUAAAUUAUUCUCAUUCUGAAUCAUUAAUCAAACCUAUGCCAAAUACAGUUGUGGCCAAAAAUAUUAGCACCCUUGGUAAAUAUGAACAAAGAAAUCUGCAUUGUUUAUCCUUUUGAUCUUUCAUUAAAAAAAUCAUACAAAUCUAACCUUUAAUUGAAAACAAUUGAAACGGGAAAUAUCUAAUUAUUAAAUAAAUAUUUUUCUCCAAAGCAUUGGCCAUAACCAUUGGCCCCCUUUUAUUCAAUACUUUUUGCAACCUCCCUUUGCCAAGAGAACAGCUCUGAGUCUUCUCCUAUAAUGCCUAAUGAGGUUGGAGAACACCUGGCAAGGGAUCUUAGACCAUUCCUCCAUACAGAAUCUCUCCAGGUCCUUCAAAUUCAGAGGACCAUGUUGGUGGACUCUCCUCUUCAGUUCACCCCACAAAUGAUCUAUGAGGUUCAGGUCAGGGGACUGGGAGGGCCAUGGCAGAACCUUGAUUUUGUGGUCAGUGACCCAUUUUUGUGUUGAUUUUGAUAUUUGUUUUGGAUCAUUGUCCUGCUAGAAAAUCCAACCAGGGCUGAUUGUAAGCUUUCUGGCACAGGCAGCCAGGUUAAGAUUUUCUAUCUGUUGGUAUUUGAUAGCGUCCGUGAUGCCAUGUAUCCGAACAAGAUAUCCAGGACCUCUGGCAGAAAAACAGCCCCACAUCAUUAAAGAUCCACCACCACAUUUAACCUUGGGCAUUGGGUACUUCCUCUCUGUGUGCGCCAAACCCAUCUCUGACCAUAGAACCCAGUCCCAUUUGAAGUUCCAGUAGUGUCUGGCAAACUGAAGAUGCUUGAGUUUGUUGUUGGAUAAGAGCAGAGGCUUUUUUUUCUUGAAACCCUCCCAAUUUAUUAUAUAUUUUUUUAGACUUUCUCAACCUAAGACCCAACUAAUUUCUGCAAUUCUCCAUCUGUGAUCCUUGGAGAUUCAAUGGCCACUUGAACCAUCCUCCUCACUGUGUGUGGAGACUAUAUAGAUGCACAUCCUUUUCCAGGCCGAUCCUUAAGAUAUCCAGUUGAUUGGAACAUGUUAAUUAUUGCCCUGAUGGUGGAAAUGGGUAUUUUCAAUGCUUUAGCUACUUUCUUAUGACCACUUACCAUUUUGUGAAGCUCAACAACCUUUUGCCGCACAUCAGAACCAUAUGCUUUAGUCUAAAACAUUGUGAUUGAUGAUUAAGGGAAUUUGGCCUGUGUGUUACCUCAUAUUUAUACCCCUGUGAAACAGGAAGGCAUGGCUGACCAAUUUCAUGUUCCUAGUGACCCGGUUGCACUAAAAAAAUCUGAAAUAUGAAUGGGAAUAUACUUAUGAUAUGUUAUACUCACAAGAAUUUCUAGAGGAGCCAAUACCAACAGUAGGGGUGUAACCCCAGUGUCCUGGCCAAAUUCCCCCUAUUGGCCCCUAUCUAUCAUGGCCUCGUAUUAAUCUCCAUCCCUGAAUUGGCUACAUCACUCUACUCUUUCCACUCCACCAAUAGCUGAUGUGUGGUGGGCGUUCUGGCGCACUAUGGCUGCCGUUGCAUCAUCCAUAUGCUAUGUAAAGCGCUUUGAGUGCCUAGAAAAGCGCUAUAUAAAAUGUAAGGAAUUAUUAUUAUUAUUAUUAUAUCUGUGGCUAAUAUGUUUUGGAGAAAAAGAGUUAUUUCCCCUCUUUCAGUUAGUUUUACUUCAAUUAAAGUUUAGAUUUGUAUGAAUUUUGGAAUGAAAUAUCAAAAGGAAAAACAAUGCAGAUUUUACAGCCAUCUUUGCUCAUAUUUACCAAGGGUGCCAAUAUUUUUGGGCACCAGCGUAACGUUCCACACAGUAUUGUGAACUUUACCAAGAUUUCCAUGCUCUAUUUUCAUUUAUUUAGAGAUUUUGGCACUGAUUCUGUAACUUAUUAUGGAUAUGGAAAUGAUGCAGAACAGUCAUCAAUGUAAUACAGAGAAGAGAAAGACUCUUUCCCUCCCUUUGAGUAAUGACAGUAAUACAGUAUAGUUCAACCAGCUGGUUAUAGUAGUGUGAUAAGGCCAAAGUUGAUGCCUGGCUGACAUAAAGUAGUAAGAGUCUAUUCAGGACAUUUGUUUUUAUUUUCCCCUGCCUAUGUUUAUACUCAUCGAUAUGCCUAGGGAGGUUUAUUAGGAAAAUUACAUCAUUAGUGCGAUGAAAAGGGAUAUUUAUGUUUUAAAUAGCAGCACAUUAUCCAUGUAAAGAGAAAUCAUCUAUCAACAGGAUGAUACAGAUGGCUAAAAAUGGCAACUAGCUUAUGCUUUUUCAAAUUCUCAUCAUAAAUGUUGGGGUUUAGUGUGUUUGUAUGAUUGAACUGAAUGCAUAUUAUCUAUUCCAUUAUCAUUAAGCAACAAUAGGAACAAAACUUGUAGAAUCAUAUUCAAUAGCUUCAGUCCACCCACCCAUCUAUAUCAUGUGCACAUUAAAACUGAAGAGGUUUUAGAGGUAACAAAUCUACAGCAAUAAAUGAGGUACCCGUAUGAGAUACUCGUGUAAUACCAAAGACUUUAAAUAUCUGGUUAUAGAUUUGUUAGAUUAAUAGCUUUAUGGCUGAAAUCUGGGCAGCAUUGCCUGUACUUGUUUAAUCUUCAAUUUGAAUGACACACUAAAGAACAUAUUGUUACAGAAAUAACAUGCUUAUUUUGAAGUCUGUUUCCUCUUAAAUUUAAUCUAGGACUGGGAUUUAAGAGCUUCUAAAAUGAGGUUCAGACAGGGGUGGGUAAUGUAUAUCACUGUUGUGUUAGAUUAUUUUGCUUUUGAUAGUUUAUUUUACUUGCUUUUGAUCAUUUUUAUCUGAACAUGUCACUACAUAAAUUCUGAAACAUUAACAGAAUGGAAUGGUAAAUAAUGGAACAUUCUGGGCAUUUGUCACUCGCAUUGAUCAUUUCAUUAAGCAUUUUUUUUUUUAUUGUAAGGCUUUCAUUACUGGUGCUCUGUAAAAAAUAUGAAAAUACUGACAGAUUGUUCACCAUUCCUGCUGAA